ACCAUACGGCUGGUAGGAUAGACCUGGUGCCUAUUUCAGGUAUACCUGAUAUACGUCGUGUCAAAAUUAUUCUACACGCGCGUGUCUCCGGAAAAUAAUAUUAGAAAUUAUAUAAAACGGCCGCGGUGGCCUAACAAUAAUUAUAAAUCGUAAGACAAUUAUAAUAUAAUAUAGUGCAUCGGCGGAUCGGCUGCGCAGGACCCGUUCAUAUAAUAAAUAUGACCAAGGGGCAGAUAAAGUCGAACCGGCGCGAGUCCUGCUGCAAGGGGCACGCCACGAACGAAAACAAUAAUGGAUACGUCGUCAGUCCGGCGAACGGUUGCCGGAAAAUAUCGGCCGUCGAAAUGAUGAAAAAAGGAGCCGGAGGAUCGUUGGCGAUCGUAGUCGCUCCCGAUGGCGGCUGGGGAUGGGUAGUAGUUUUCGCUGCGUUUUACUGCAAUGUCGUUGUAGACGGAAUAAUUUAUUCCUUUGGCAUGCUCAUAAAUGACAUGGUCAACACAUUUCACGAACCGGAGUCUAAGAUCACAGUAGUUGGAUCACUAUUAAACGGAUUUUAUUUAAUUGCGGGUCCGUUUGUAAGCGCCCUUCUGAACAGUGUGGAUUUCCGAUCAAUCACAAUAAUUGGAAGUGUAAUCUCCUGCAUUGCAUUCGCUUCUGCCGCUUAUGUAGAAUCAUUGUACCAACUGAUGUUCUGCUAUGGUUUCAUUGGUGGUAUCGGAUUCAGUAUGGUAUAUGUAUCUGCAGUAUUAAUACCUGGAUUUUAUUUCGACAAGUGGAGAGCACUAGCAACGGGUAUAGCUGUAUGCGGAUCCGGGAUAGGAACGUUUGUACUUGCACCAUUAAAUGCACUUUUGGUAGAAAACUAUGGUUGGCGAGUUACCAUUAUGGUCCAAGCAGGUCUCGCAUUGAGUUGCGCAGGCGCUGGGAUACUUUUCCGUCCAUUGAAGCCAACCAUCGUCGAAGUGCCGACUAUCAAUCCAGUCGUGAUGGAACCAAAGUUACCCGAAGACGAGCCGCUGUUGACGAAAAGCAUCACGGCCGAGAGGAAGAUGUCGCUGGACAGCAAACACAACGCGGUCAAAAACGGAGCUCCGACGGCCGAAGAAAUUUACAACCACCUGUCGGGUCGCCUAACACCCGAAACUCGGCCCACAAGCAUAUCGUGUCAUUCGCUCAACACCCACAAUCAGUACCUGAAGGAUAAAUUGCCAACUGACCUACCGGAAAAGAAAUUAUCCGCUGUCAGUCUGAGGAGGCCGUCCGUAUCUGCGCAUUUGAUGGACAGAGACGACCGAUUUUUCGGAGGCAGUCUGUCCAGACUGCCGCAGUAUUCGUCGCAGGUGAGCUCGUUGAACUACGCAAUGUCAGUGACGAGAAUACCAGCCUGGAACGAAGCCGAGGAGGGGGAUGACGAAGAGCCUUGUUCGAAGAAUAAUUCGUUCCGGAAAAACAUGAAGAAAUAUUACAAAUCGGCUAUGCACACACUCAUGACGAUGUUGGACUUUUCCAUCCUAGCCUCCCCGUCUUUUUUCGUGUUGACGUCCAGCGGUUUUUUGACGAUGUUGGGAUUCUUUGUUCCAUUCAUGUACAUUAGCGAAAAAGCCAUCAGUAUGGGCAUGGACAAAAACGUAGCCGUGUGGCUAGUAUCCGCGACGGGUCUGACGAACACGUUCGGGAGAGUAAUAUGUGGUUGGAUAUCCAGUUACGAAUCCAUCGAUCCAAUCCUGGUUAACAACGUGUCUCUCACGUUUGGAGGCCUCUACACCGUCUUGUUACCGUUUCUCCCGUAUUCGGUGUUCUCGUACUACUUAUACGCUUCGCUGUUCGGAUUUUCCAUGGCUUGUUUCGCGUCUUUGAGAUCGACCAUGAUAGUCGAACUGACAGGUCUCGAAUUGCUUACGAAUGCUUUCGGUGUCUUGUUGAUGUUCCAAGGAGUUGCAGCUGCCGUCGGAUCUCCAUUAUUGGGGCUGUUCAAAGACUGGACUGGAACCUACGACAUGUCGUUCUAUUUGUCCGGGAUAAUAUUGACCAUGUCGGCGGUCAUCUGCUAUCCGCUGAGAAGAGUCAAAAAGUGGGAAGACAACCGAAAACUGAGACGACCCAAUAGCGUUUGAUCGUGACAGCGCCUAUAUAUAUAUAUAUAUUGCCUCGAGGAGAAAAAUCAAAUCUGACUCUUACCUGCCAUAUAGUUUUUAUUUGUCGAUCGCGACGACACUUUUUAUAAUAUUAUGAUAUCCGUCGAGGAUUUUUCGUGUGCUCAUUAUUAUAUAAUAUUGUAACGAAUAGAAACAUGUAUAUUUUAUGUCAUCGGAUCACAAUGUUAUGUGUGUAUACGCACUACUGUUCGUAUAAGUUUAAUCAUCGCGACGAUAUAUCAUAGUAUAAUAUUAUGUGUAUUGUUGUCUUGUAAAAUUUGACUAUAUAUUAUUGUAAUUGUUAUGCGUUAUGACUUAUGAAUCAUUAUUAUAAUCUAUUAUUGUAUGUUUAAAAUGUAUAUUACGUUGAAUUAUGUGAAGAGUUAAAAUAAAAUAUAAAAUUGUAUUCCUUUUUAA